AUGACCUACAACUCUUCACUGGAUAGUUUUUGCGGCUCUACUUUCUGGGACAGCAACCUAACAUGGUACACAGACAAUCCAGAUUUUACUCCGUGUUUCCAAAAGACAGUUUUAGUAUGGGUACCGUGUGCUUACAUGUGGUUGGCAGCCCUGGUCGACAUCUACCAUAUAGUUAGCAGCAGAGAAGGCAAUAUACCAUGGAAUAAAUUGAAUAUAAGCAAGCUGGUCAUAGCAUUAUCCCUAGUUGUAUUACAAAUUCUUAAUCUGAUCCUAGUAACAUAUGCAUCUUCAAGAGAAGAAAAUAAAAUAUAUGAUGCAGAUUUUUAUGAACCAGUUGUUAAAUUAUUGACUUUGAUGUUGUGUAUAACGAUAAUAUGCUACAAUCGAAAAUAUGGCGUUAUGACGUCAGGGGUGCUGUUUAUAUUCUGGUUACUCCUGAUCCUGGCUGGUUUACCACAACUGAGGACUGAAAUAGUGAACUACGACCCAAACAACAGCGGGUAUGCACGAUAUACAUUUGCUAGCUAUAUCGUGUACUAUACGCUUGUAAUAAUUAUGUUCAUAUUGAGCUGUUUCGCUGAUUUACCGCCCAGAGAUACUCCUUAUACAUACGACAAGGCCCAAUCUCCCGAGAAAAGAUCGAAUGUGCCUAGUGAACUCACCUUUAGCUGGUUCGAUCCACUAGUUUUAACGGGCUUCCGAAGAACUCUCAAAGAAGAAGACUUAUGGCCGUUAAACCCGGAAAUGACGUCUAAAGAAGUCGUUCCUAGGUUUGAGAAAUACUGGCAGAGAGCUUCUCAAAAACAAGCAAAGACUGCUGACACAAGUGCCUCAACUAGUGACGCUACUGCUCCCAUAAAUCAGAAGCAGUCAACCAAACCAAUAUCGAUACUGCCAGUGUUGUGCUUAACUUUUGGAUACCACUUUUUAUUCGCCGUUUUUCUGAAAAUCAUUCACGAUUUACUCAUCUUUGUAUCACCCCAAUUACUGGAACAUAUUAUUGGAUUUAUUCAAGGCAACGAUCCUGUAUGGAAAGGCUAUGUCUACGCAGUCAGCAUGUUCUUAUGUUGUAUCGUACAAAGCCUGUUCCUUGGACAGUAUUUCAUAAACUUAUCCGUAAUAAGUAUACAAAUCAAAAAUGCGCUUUGCAGCGUUGUGUAUAAGAAAGCUCUUUCUUUAUCGAAUGCCGCUCGAAAAGAGUCCACUACAGGAGAAAUUAUUAACUUAAUGUCUACAGACAUCGAUAAGAUUUGCGACUUGACCUUCAUAAAUAUGAUAUGGUCUGCACCACUGCAAAUCGCAUUAGCCCUAUACUUCCUAUGGGGAGUCCUAGGACCCUCUGUGAUGGCCGGUCUAGCUGUCAUUAUCAUCCUGAUGCCCUUCAACGGGGUACUAGCAGGAUUCCAAGAGAAAAUGCAAUCUAAACUGAUGCUUUACAAAGACCAAAGAAUUAAAUUAAUGAGUGAAGUGCUUAAUGGGAUUAAGGUACUCAAAAUGUACGCUUGGGAAGAAAGUUUCGAAAACCAAAUUUUGAGAAUAAGGAACAAAGAAUUGGCUGUUCUAAAAAAGAUCGCCAUCCUUACUUCAUUUAUGAUAUUUAUAUGGAUAUGUACACCUUUCCUUGUAUCAUUGAUGUCAUUCACAUGUUUUGUGCUGGUAAACGAUACGGAAGUAUUGGAUUCUAAACGCGCCUUCGUCGCGUUGUCCCUUUUUAAUAUCCUCAGAUUUCCUAUGUUCAUGCUGCCUAAUGUGAUAUCCGACAUUAUACAGGCUUCAGUGAGCUUAAAGAGACUGAACAAAUUUUUGAAUUCUGAAGAAUUAGACGUCAACGCGAUAGAACACAACCCAGAUGAGAAACAUCAAAUCGUGGUAGAAAAUGGUCACUUCACGUGGGGUGAUCAUGAAUCUAAGGCUGUUCUGAAGAACAUUAACUUGCAAAUACCUCGCGGAUCACUCGUGGCUGUUGUUGGAGGCGUUGGUUCUGGUAAAACAUCUUUGGUGUCCGCCUUGUUGGGAGACAUGGACAAACUUUCUGGACGUAUAAAUAUAAAAGGCAACAUUGCGUACGUUUCCCAACAGGCUUGGAUUCAAAAUGCUACACUACAAAAUAACAUUCUUUUCGAUCAGCCACUUGACAAGAACAAGUAUAAAAAUGUUAUAGAGGCCUGUGCCUUGGCGACAGACUUAGAAAUACUCGCAGGAGGUGACCAGACUGAAAUCGGAGAGAAAGGUAUAAACCUGUCUGGCGGACAGAAGCAGCGCGUCUCUCUGGCGCGCGCGGUGUACUGCGACGCGGACAACUACUUCUUGGACGACCCGCUCAGCGCCGUCGACUCACACGUUGGCAAGCACAUCUUCGACAAGGUACUGGGACCCAGUGGGCUGCUGAAGAACAAGACGCGGGUGUGGGUGACCCAUAACGUGUCGUACCUGGCGCAGACGGACCUCGUGGUAGUGCUGCGCGACGGAGAGGUCUCGGAGGCCGGCUCCUACCAACAACUGCUCGAGAAGAAGGGCGCCUUCGCCGAGUUUCUACUGCAUCAUCUUAGUAUCGCAGAAACAUCUUCAGCAACACAAGAUUUGGAAGGCAUCAAGAAUGAUUUAGAGAACAAACUUGGGUCCGAUUUUCAACGAAAGUUACAACUGGCAAGAUCUUUGUCUUCACGAUCGGCCGCUUCAGAAGUUUUGGAAGCAGGCGACCACUCUCAGGAUACUCAAGCUAAAGACAAGGAAGGCGCCACGGAAGACGAACAGGCGUUUGAUCAACUCAUUGAGGACGAGAAAACUGAAUCUGGCAAAGUGAAAUUGGAAGUGUACAUGCAUUACCUAUCAAAGAUCGGAACAAAAUCAGCCAUAGCAACAGUUAUUAUGUACAUUGUACUACACACACUACAAAUCAGUGUCAACUUCUGGCUGGCGAUAUGGUCCAACGACGACAAAAUGAUCGUGAACGGCACCGUAGAUACACAACGACGAGACAUGUACCUCGGCGUGUACGGCGGCCUGGGAUUCGGUCAAGCUCUAGCAUCCCUGUUCACGGAUCUAAUGCCGUUCCUGGCGUGCUGGAGAGCGGCUAAGAUAUUACACGCACUCAUGUUGAACAACGUGCUCAAGUCUCCGUUGCAGUUCUUCGAGGUCACUCCCGUCGGCAGACUGCUGUCACGAUUCUCCAAAGAUGUUGAAACUGUUGACAAUUCUCUGUCCUGGGAGAUCUCGAAUACUCUUAGUGGAAUUUUUGAGGUCAUUGGAACUGUCUUUGUGAUAAGUUAUUCCACACCCAUGUUCAUGAUCGUGAUACUGCCCAUCGCAGCGUUGUACUACAUGAUACAACGAUUUUACGUGCCGACCACUCGCCAACUUAUGAGGAUUGAAUCAGUCGCGCGCUCACCAGCAUACUCGCACUUCAAUGAGAGCAUUUUGGGUGCAACCAUCAUUCGUGCUUUUGGCGUCAAAGACAGGUUUGUAAUAGAAUCCCAACAGAAGGUAGACCACUAUCAAUCAGUACAUUACUUGAGUAAAGUUUCGGACAGAUGGCUUGCGAUCCGACUAGAGACAGUCGGCGGUUUGAUUAUAUUCUUUGCUGCGUUAUUUGCUGUCAUGGCAAGGGAAACUAUUAGUCCUGGAUUAGCUGGUCUCUCUAUCAGCUAUACUCUUGAAAUUACGCAAACUUUGAGUUGGUUGGUCCAAAUGAUGUCUGGAUUGGAGACAGACAUCGUAGCAGUCGAGCGAAUGAAGGAAUAUGCUGAGAUUAAGCAAGAAGCGGCGUGGACCGUGGCGAACGGUCCCCCUGCGGAGUGGCCGGCGACGGGCGCGCUGCAGCUGGAGCGGCUGACGCUGGCGUACCGCGCCGGCGCCGAGCCCGCGCUGCGCGAGGUCACGUGCGCCGUGGCGCCGCGCGACAAGCUCGGCAUCGUGGGCCGCACCGGCGCCGGCAAGUCCACGCUCACGCUGGGGCUCUUCCGCAUCGUGGAGGCCGUGGGCGGGCGCAUCCUCAUCGACGGCCUGGACAUCGCCGCCAUGGGCCUGCACCAGCUCCGCUCCCGCAUCACCAUCAUCCCGCAGGACCCCGUGCUCUUCUCCGGCACGCUGCGCAUGAACCUCGACCCCUUCGAGACCUUCACGGACGAGGACAUCUGGCGCGCGCUGGAGUACGCGCACCUGAAGCCGUUCGUGCAGGGGCUCCCGGCGGGGCUGCGCCACGAGGUGGCGGAGGGCGGCGAGAACCUGUCGGUGGGACAGCGCCAGUUGGUGUGCCUGGCGCGCGCACUGCUGCGCAAGACUCCACUGCUGGUCCUGGACGAGGCCACGGCCGCCGUGGACCUGGAGACGGACGAGCUCAUACAGAAGACGAUCCGCUCCGAGUUCGCGGCGUGCACGGUGCUCACCAUCGCGCAUCGCCUCAACACCAUCAUGGACUCCACCAAGGUCAUGGUCCUCGACAAAGGACAACUCGUCGAGUUUGCUCCUCCUGAACAACUGCUAAAGGAUAAAAACUCCUUAUUCUAUAGCAUGGCCAAGGAUGCUGGAUUAGUUAACUAA